GCUAGAACAGCCCAUCUGUAGCUGUCAAUCGUUUGCCAUCUGUCUUGUCAAAAGUCUAGUCAAUGGUCAAUGUGUCAUUUUUGGCGGUAAAGUUGUUAUUUUAUUUUGGUUAUCAGUUGCAGUUGGUCGGUUAUUGCAUUUUUGCUUGCUGCUUUGGUGCUUGGUGAAUUUUGUGAUUUCUGUUUUCCAUAAUUUAAUUUGUUAUUUGUAUAAAUAUUUUAAUUUUAUUACAAAUCCAAGAACAUCAGAAUUAAGGAAGAGCUUUCAACAUGAGUGGCUGGAAUCCAGGUUUUGGCCCCGGAGGCGGCGGAGGCUAUCUCAACGACACCACCAACGCGGAUUCUCCAUCGCAGGCUCAGAAAAAAAAGGGGGAUUUGAAACGUCUCCAAAGUGUAGUUCCCGUUACAAUUGGAAUGAUAAAAAAAUGCAAAGAAGAAGAAUUUAAACUAUUUGGGUUUCCUGUUCAAAUCGUUGAUAUUAUUGGUAUUGUGCGUAAAUACGUGAAGGAAUCCACAAAAUGCAUCUACCAAAUAUCUGACCACAGAGCUGAUAUUAAAGCAAUUUUGUGGCUAGAAAGUGACGAUGAGGAACAAGUACCUGAAGUCAAAAUAGGUGAAUAUGUACGCGUUUAUGGUACCAUCAGGACUCAGGACGGCGAAAAAACUUUGAUGGUACUCAAACUGACUGUCACUAAAGAUUGCAACGUAGUCACAGCACAUUCGCUAGAAGUGCUCAAAACUAUGGUGGAGGCUCAAAUCAUGAGCACGGACAGUGCCAUUAAAAUCAAGAAAAAUAAUCCGGGGGCGAGUCUCGCAAAUUCUAUGAUACUGAUGGACGAAAAUUUGGCAGAAAAAAACCAGCUCAACCCAAUGCAAGUAAAAUGUUUUAAUUUAUUGCAAGCGGAUACGAGCCAGGCUGGGAUGGAUAGGAAAACUAUAUUGUCACAUUUUUCAGCCCAACAAAAAAAUGAGGCAAAUGCGGUUUUGGAAGUUCUCGUGACUGAAGGUUAUGCAUAUACCACCAUAGACAGUGAUCAUUUUAAAGCUACAGAUGCUUAACUAAGAUUCCCAUGAUCGAGAUUCGGUUGUUAAUUAUGUAGUUAUUAAGUGCAUUGUUAGAAUAAUUUGAAAAUCCAUCACUUUUCUGAUUUUCAAAAUUCUCAUUAGUUUAACCUAUUUUUCUGAAUUAGAACUUUUCUUUAUUAUAAAUGGGUUUUGAUUUACUUUUUUACUCACUUUUGUUAUGUGAAAUAUUUUAUUAUUAAUUAAAGAUAAUUCAUAAUAUAUUA